AUGACAUUUUCAUUAUUCACAGCAAACAUUGAAAUUAGCAGCAAUGAGGUAAUCUAUGGAGACACAGUGAUAUUGGUUACAAAUGUCACAUGGCAUCCGUCUUUCAACGUGACAGGAUUUCAGUGGAGUAAAGACGGACAGGAGCUUGACAACAGUAGCAGGAAAUAUGAAAUAGGGAAUCUACCACUUCCUUCACUAACCAUUUAUAAUGCCACGUUUGAGGACGAUGCAUCGUAUAGAAUAGACGUGUACAUUACACAUUAUGGGUUCGAGGAUACAGCUCGUGAAACCUACUACCUAAUAAUUUCAGGACACAGCCCAAAAACAAAAUUGAAGAUAAAUCACGCAGGAAGCCUCCUUGGGGAACCCCUGGAAAUCGUUUGCAAAUUGCUAGAUCGUCCUUCUCCUAAUAUAUUGUAUUACAGAUUGGAGAGGAAAAGAGAGAGUGACUUGAUACCAGAAAUACUUCAGGAAAUGUCUGCAAAUGAAACAUUUGAUAACACAUCGGUAUUCGUGGCACGGUUCUUUACUCAAAACGUCACCAUUUUGGAUUAUUCUGAGUACAGAUGUAUUACAACAAACCUGAUUUCUACAAAAGUGUCUUCUCACUAUUUGAAUAUUAAGUCAGGAGAAUCAAAACGCCAAGGUCAUGUUUACAUACCAAACUUGGAUAAAGUGCUUUAUAGAACAUUCACACUAAAAUCUCGUGACGACGCAGAAAUGGAAUGCCAAAAAAGAAACGGGACGCUUUACCAGAUAACGUCAUUGGAGCGCCAGAUAUACUUAGAAAAACUGUUCAGAGAAACCUGGUCCGAAACUUGGGGUAACACAUACGCUUUUAUUUCUGGAGAACGGUUUGGUGGGUUUUGGAAAAUAAACAAUUCUGUUCCAAGUUUUACGUACUGGAGUGUUUCCUACCCAGACAAUAACGAUGACCAUAACUGCAUCGCACAGUAUAUGAUCCCAAGUUACAGAUGGAUCAAUGUUACUUGUACAGAGGAGUUACCGUAUAUUUGUGAGUUUCCACCUUACUGUGAGGAAGCACAUCUGCCAAACGCCACCGUAGAACCCGGUUCUACUUAUAUUUUCACCCGUCGUGAUUACAACUGUAUCGGGGGGAAUAAAAUGACCCCUUAUCUCGAAUGUCUCGAGCAUCUUCAGUGGCAAGGAGGCUGCGAAAUCAUUAUCUGUUCUAUACCGGAAGGAGUUCAUUCUCAUGCACUGAUAAACAAAACAUAUUACUUUAACGAAACCCUUGAGUUUCAGUGUGAUUAUGGUUACAAAGAGGACUCAGGGGUGUCUUCAUUAAUCUGCGGAGAAAAUAACACAUGGAAUAAUGAACCACUCAAGUGUACAAGGAUAGUAUGUGAUGUCGUUAAUGUUACCAAUGCCAGAAUAAUAACCACGGAUAUAACGUCAACAACACUUCCAUUUGGGACGUGCAUUGACAUUGAAUGCUUACCUGGAUUCAUCUUAUCAUCAGGAGGAUAUAACAACACAUGCUUGCUGUCAGGAGCCUGGUCAAAUCUACCUGUUUGUACUGCACCUGCCUGUCCAAAAGAGUCUAUAAAUAGCAGUGUUUACGUCAUCAAUCACCUAGACGGUUAUAACAUCUCAGACAAUAUGUCCCUCUCCUGUAACACGGGGUACCGGCACGGAGGGGGAGACCUCAACAGGACCUGUCAGGGUAGCGGGGUCUGGAGCGCUCCACUACCACAGUGUAACAGAUGCAAGUGUCCGUGUGAUCGGGUUCAUCCAGUCCAGAACCUGACGACAGAGGAACUCAACAACAAAAUUGAAGAGCUAAAAAAAGAACUAGUGGUCAACGCCCGGACUCUGUCAAGUUCUAUUAGGAAACGAACAAGUGCUUCUGACGAGCGUCCAUCAGCAACAGGAGUAGGAGUUAUUUUAGGGGUCGGGAUAUUAACUUUUCUGUGUGCGAUCAUUUUUAUUCCAGAUAUUCCUAAACUAACACAUGAUAUCAGAAAUAAUGCUGCAAUACAAUAUUUAACGAGUAGAUUUUUUUCUCGGUAA